GCAUCUGGUUAGCGCAGUUGUAGCCUUAAGUUUUGAAUUAUCAUCGAUCGAUAAUAUGUUGGGAAGCGACUGCUUCUUCUAUUUCAGUGCACUCCACUUUUGGAAUCUGGAAAGUAGUCAGUCACUUUUAUAAGACUUUUCUAUAACGAAUAUUAGAAAGUAAUUACCUACACAUAACGUUGUUUCUGUGUUAUGGAAACACAAGAAGAACUGCUGCAGAGUUUUGAUGAAAAAAUACAAUGGGGUUGGCACAUGGUCGAACAAUUGAAACUCGUGGAGAAGGUUGAAGGGGUUGAUAAACUUAUUAGAAAGAUUCAACAAGAAGUAAAAUUUUUAAAAAAGGUGCGAGCAACUGGAGACGUAAAGAAAGAACAUCUGCAGAGUACAAAUUUGAUUCAUCUAAAUGCAAUCGUUGAACGACUGCUGGCUGCAAAUGAACCUGUGAAUGUUCUUAAACCUUUUAAGUAUCAAAACUCAAGACUGGAAGUAGAUAUUGUCUGCAAUGGUGGCUCCAGUUGGGUGAAAGUCAUUGCUCGCAAUGCCAAAGCUCUCACACUUAUUUCUCGAGGCAAUGCAGAAUAUGGACAAAAAUCAGUUUUUGAUCAAGCCGAUUCUUAUCUCAAGUGUGCUAAGAACCACCCACAUAUGUACAAACCUCCAGACAUUGUUUUUCAUUUUGCAUGUGGCAUAGAAAAACCAUUAGCACAAAAAUUAGAAAAUUCGUUAGGUAUUAUAAUUGAAGGGAAGAGGAUAGAUGCAAAGGAUGAUGACAUUGCACAUGAUGAAUUGUUAUAUUCUGAGUCUGAGACUGAAUCCGAUGAAUCUACUACAAGUAGUAAUGUCUGUGAUUUAUUAGAACUAAAUACAAACAUUGACUCAACUGAUAUUAAGAUACUUAAUUUAGAUGUUUCAACUCUUCUUGCCUAUGUGACGAACAUGACAAACGGACAUGCAAAUUUUGCAUACAUAGAACCGCUACUUACUACUCAAGCAGAAUGGGAGAGGUGUCGCCCAUUAAAACCUGUUCUCGAUGAUCUUUUUCACAAUAAAGAACUAGUCGUGUGUCAGACCGCAUAUGACAAUUUCACGAAUAUUGUCAACCUAAUUGGUGGCCCCAAUGAGAAGAAAAGAGCAGCUGAUCUGAUGAGUAGAGUCAAAAUUGUCGACGACAUUCCAAAAGGAAGGAUCAUGGAGCUUGGUCUUGGAGGUAAAAUAAAAGUUCGAUCAAGACUAGUUUUUGCAAGUGGAGAGAAUCUGAAGAGUAUCACAGUUUCUGCCAACGAAGGAUUCGUGCGUGCCGCUCGAAUGCAGGGAAUCGAGUGCAUGGUCUUUAUUCACGAGCCGCGAUCGCUGUCGGAAAUGAAAGAACUCAACGCCACGAAACUUGAAUCAUCUUGACAUAGCUCGGGCAAUCGAAAUGAGUUAUUUUUCACUUUGAACGAAUUCACAAUUAACUAUAUUGUACAUAAGAAAAAUUUUUUGUACAGGUAUUUAAAGAAUCGCAAUCAAGAACUACUAUACGUACAUAAAUCACUUGAUGGUGUGUCGUUUAAAAAUAUUUAUUAAAUGUUAAACCUUUGCUUAUUACAAAAAGUA